AUGUCGUAUCUUCUCCUUCUUUUCACAGUGACUCUUGGAUUCACAUGUGGUACUUCAGAAGACUUUGCACGUAUGUUUUUUAUUACUUUGGGAUAAAUUUAGACUAGCGCAUGACUUGUGGUUACUGUAACUUAACCGCUUAUAAUACGAUUACUAUAACUUUACGGUUUAUAAUAUUUUUACUGUAACCAUACUGAUUAUAAUAUGAUUACUGUAACAUAAAACAAGUUUUGGCCAGUUUUUGAGUUUCGAAGGGAUUGGCGACAAAACUUUUGAUUGUUUUACGGAUUACGCAAGAAUCGGGCUGAACAUUAAGUAUGAACAAGUUAAUAUUAAGGUCGCGGAUCGAGUUUUACUCAGUUCAUAUAAACAUACGAACAUAGGCAAACAUAUGUUUGGAUGAUUUUAUUUGAUUUCUAGUUGAAAUACAGUAUUCUUUUAGUUUACUUACAGUAUACUUUGCUAUUGUUUUUUUAUAAAUUCACAUUAUACAGUAUCUAUUUUAACUACAGUAGGGACAAAUAUCUAAGCUUGGCUGCCUACAGUAUCUAUAAAUACUUUAUGAUUACUUGUAGCACAUUGUAGUUACCGAUAUAUGUAGUACACGUAGUUACUAAUAUAAAACAUCUGCUGAUAACUCUCAUAGACUAACUUACCGUACUAUAACUACUGUAAAAUGAGUGAAGCCACUAAUUCUGAAGAUACCAAGUCUCUUACUAGCACUGAUACCGUAAUCAGUGUGGAAGAGGUGAAAGAAGACUGUAGAUUCUGUAGAUCGCUUGACUGUGAUCUGAUCUUCUCGUCAGUCAUCGUACUGAUAGUGACUGGAAUGCUGAUAUUCAUAUUUGGCUUCUGGCUACAUGGAGUCAUUAACUAUACAGAGUAAGGGAUUUUAGGCAAAUUACAGUAGCAACUCGUAAUUUUGAGCUGAAGUAACAAGAAGUUACUGUAGGCUCUGAGGAGAGAAGUGAAUUCCUUAAGAAAUUACAGUACUUUUUGGAACGGAGAGGACUGUCAAAACUACUGUAGUAUUGUAAAUAGAAUGAUAUAGGUAGUAUGUACGGUAUGGAUUGUCUAAAAACAAACGUGAUUAGAGUGGAAAACAAAGAUAAUGUCAACUAUAAUAUGAAUGUGAAUUAGCCUGUUUUGGCAAAACUAAAAGUUAUUACGUUACAGUACACAAGCAUUAUUAGUUAAAGUAGGAGGUUACAGUUACAAAUAGCAGUUUAAAGUAUAAUAUUAAGGUGUUCAAAUAAUUCAGGCCUCUUUAAUCCCUCAAAUUUGUUUUGAGAGGGGACGCAGAAUUAUUUGAACAACCUAAUAGUAGAUUAAAUUAUAAUAUUAUAGUAUAGUACUUUGUCCUUAAUAGUAAGUACUAUAACUGUUUGACGAAGAACUAUAUUUUAGUACUGACGGAAUGUGAUGGGGUGUUUAACUCGGUGAACAAGACCCACUUCUCUUUGCCGAUAUUACCCAAACACUUAAAGGGCCUCAAAAACCAUAUGAAACUGCCCAAUGACAUACAGGUAUAUCGAGUGGUUGUGUGAUCGUGUAUGUGUGUGUAGUUUUGUGAAGUACUACUUAUAUUGUAUUGCGUUGUACUGACGAUUAUAUUAAGUGGUUCAAAUAAUUCUGUGCUCCCUAAUUUCAAAAAUGUGUUUUGAAAGAGGGUACAGAAUUAUUUGAACAACCUAAUCUAGUACUAGGAUUAAAAAGUUUUUACUGUGUAAACAUGUGGUAAGAGUAGCUUUUUCUGUGUGAGUACAAUGUUGUGUUGAAGUUCGUAUAUGGUGUUAUAGUCGUACUUAAUUGUGAGCUAACCAUAAUAUUAAAUUGCUCUCGUAAUUCUGAGCUUUCCAACUUUAAAAACUUUUUUUGGAAGGGGCACAGAAUUAUUUGAACUAAUUUAUAAUGGGCCAUAGAAUUGAAUUUGUGGCAACAUACCUUAAUAAAGACAUAUAUAUUAGGUUGUUCAAAUAAUUCUGUGCUCACAGAAAAUUUUUUUUGUAGCAACGGGGCUCAGAAUUAUUUGAACACUAUACUAUUUUUUUUAUUUUUUUUCAAUGUUAUAAUGAAAUCAAGUACACACAGUAACAUUGUCGUAUUUCAGUGUCGGUACACGUUUGUCGCGGGAAAAGGCCAGCGAGUGAAGCUGGAAUUCACUCAAUUCCAGUUGGACGGCACGGUCGACAACUGUGAUCUCGAAUAUAUGGACAUUUACAGCGAGCUGAGUGCUCCGGAUCAAGAUCUCCUUUCAGCCAUACCUUCGCGGUAUUGUGGUACUGUCAGUCCACACGUUAGAGUUAGGUAGGUUGGGUUACUGUGGCAUUUAUAUGGGGGUUUUAAUGGGUAGGGUAAGGUAGGGUAGGGUAGGGUAGGGUAGGGUAGGGUAGGGUAGGGUAGGGUAGGGUAGGGUAGGGUAGGGUAGGGUAGGGUAGGGUAGGGUAGGGUAGGGUAGGGUAGGGUAGGGUAGGGUAAAGUAAGGCAAGGUAGACUUAUAUAAAGCAUGGAUGGUCUAAUAUAUGAUAUACUAUGUCAUUUCAGCCUUCACAACGUCAUAGUACUGGUAUUUCAUUCUCGGGUCGGGAAGAAGCGGACCGAGACCUUCCAAUUGAAGGGAAAAUAUAAUUUUAUCAACGAAACCAAGUUCAUUCCUGGCAGCCGGCUGGGAGAACAUGACUGUGCUUUCCUCAUUGAGCCUACUAAUAGGUAUGGUUUAUUUAAAUGGUCGUAUUUUACAAAAAUAUCUUUAUUAACACUUUUUCUUGAAUUUUGAGUUAAAAAUGAAAAUUCGAAAAAAUGGUGCAGGUAUCAGCUGGUAAUGUCACUAAAUUUACAUUUUUCAGACGAAAAGGUCAAAUCUUGUCUUCGACAUAUCCUGGUACAUAUCCAAGUGUAAGUUUGAUAUGAAACACAUUUUCAGCUUGAAAAGUUAUGGUUUUUUUGAGUAGUAGCUCCUUAGGAAUGACAUUUUACUAUUUUACUUUUCAGCUUAAAAUUUGCUUUAACUUGUUUUUUAAGCCUAAAACUACGUUUUGUUACCUAAAAUUUAAUUUUUAAGCUUACAUUGUAACAUUUGUAAAAGUUUGACUAAAAAUCACUUUUUUGUUUGUAAAGAAAGUUUUUAUCAUUUUAUCGCUUUGUAAACGAAGUUCUUGCCAUUUUUAUUUCUAUAAAAUUUUUUGUUGUUUUUAGUUCUGUAAAGAAAGUUUUUGCCAUUUUUUAUGUUGUAAAGGAAGUUCUGGCAAUUUAUAUUUGUCAUAUUCACCAUGCUUCUUUCAGAACUUUCAUUGUUCUUACCUCCUGAAAGGCAACGCUGGGGAUCGCAUCCGUCUUUACUUCCGCGACUUUGACAUCUACUUUGGCGGAGAACAUUGUCCAUACGAUGUGAUGACAGUAUACGAUGGUCACAACAACAAAGCUCCCAUCAUCCGAAAGGUCUGUGGCCUACAACAACGUCUGGAGAUGUUCUCCUUCGGAUCCGAGGUCUUUUUGGAGUUCAACUCAACCGACCCGGCCAAGAACGACCCUCGAGGCUAUCUGAUCGAGUACGAGUUCAGCGACAACUUUGUGGACAUCAAACAGUUGUUGGCAGGUCAGAGAGGCGUGUCGUAUCUUACUGGGUCUGAAUGUGAUGUUAGGGUACAGAGUAACAGAGAGACCGUGCAUUAUAUUCAGAGUCCGAAUGUAAGUUUGUGUUUUGAUGGUUUAUAUUGUUAUUCUGGGCAGGUAAUUUUGAUUUUAGGUGUGGGUGUAACGAAGUUAUGUGAUUUAUAUUUGUUCAUUUCAGUACCCAAAUGCCUACCCACCUAACACAACAUGCACCUACAUCUUGGACGGUCUUCAAGGCGAUCAGAAUUUGGAAAAAGUCAUUUUGAAUUUUGAAAAUUUUGCUGUUAUCAGUAACGAUGACACUUCAACGUAAGUUUUUAAAAGGUUUCUUUGAAAAAAAUUGACUUUAUGUAAUCGAAACGCAGAGUAAGAUAGGCUAUGGUAUGUUGGAGUAAGGUAAAGUGUUUUAGAGGAGGGCGGGGUAUGUUAGAGUAGGGUGAGUUAUUUUAGGGCAGGGUGCAGUAUCUUAGAGUGAGCUGAGGUAUAUUAGAAUAGGGUAACGUAUCUUAGAGUAGCAUAAAGUAUGUUACUGUUUUAAGAUAUAUAUUAGAGUAAGGUAAAGUAUUUUAGAGGUAGGUGAGGUAUAUUAGGGUAGGGUAAAGUAUGUUUGAAUCGAGUGUCUAAGAGUGUUGGGAAGUACGGUUUUUUGUUAAAGAUGGCACAUAUUACAAUCUACUGCAUUACAGAGCCGUAUCAACCGAGAAUGGCGAUGAAUGCUGGGCCUUUGUCGGUGUCGCUGGCCAAGAAAGUUCGAUCAAAUCAGUCUUGGCCAAUAAUGAAGAAUCAGUGUACGAUGCCACGUUAUGUCAUCGUAUUGCACAUGGUAGUCCGAGGUUAGGACCAUACACAUCCCAAGGUCCUCGAAUGGUACUUGUUUUCGGGAGUUUGAACGAUCUUCCGCAGACUGCGGCCUUGCCUUUGGGCUUCAAGGCGAGGGUUGAGUUUAAGACUGAUUUUGGAGUACCAGGCAGUCCCAUGGGCGGAUCCAAUGAAUGUUUAUUCCAGUUUAGGGAGAAGAGGGGGCAUUUCAACAGUCCACGGUAUCCGGCUAAUGUAAGCGGUUACUAUGACUUGUAAUUAGCUUUAUAUUGUUGUAGGUAGCCGACGGCUGGUAAUGCCAUUUUAAAUUAAAAAUGAUUUGAAAAGUGUAUUUUAAGUUUAUAUUCAUAUGUUUUAGAUAUUUUUGAACAUUCUUGUAAUUAACAACUUUUUGAUAGGAUUACUGUAACAUACAGUAUUUCAAGUUUUGUCUUCAUUUUGAGCUAAAAUACAGUAAUUUUGUAAAAUACGUUAAUUAGCUGUGAAGUGAAUCUAAAAUUACAGUACCCUCUGGACACGACAUGUACCUAUAUUAUUAAAGCCGAGCCAGGAGAGCAGAUCCUACUGUAUUUUGAGCAGUUUGCUUUGUUCGAAGAGCCAUCAAAGGAGGAAUGUAAUGAUUGGCUGGAGGUAUACGACGUGGCACGGGAUGGUAACGACACUGACAACUAUCAGCUACAAGGUAGGUUUAGGGGUGUAAACGUGUGGUACUGUAUUUUUUGUUAUUUUGUAUGAAAGUACUGUAGUUAUUGUCAUUUUUUGGUAAAAUACGGAGAGAAAUCAAGAGCCUUUAUAAGAAUACGGUAAAUUAUAGUAUAUUACAGUAUCUUUUGAUGAUAUAAUCAUGAAUUUUCUACUUUUACUGUAGUAAGCAACAUAUUGUUUUACACUUUUUAAGUACUUAUCCUACUGUAUUACAGCGAAACACUGCUGGACGGUGAUUCCAGGUCCAACAACAUCGAGCUUCGGGUACCAUGAGAUGAAGGUGGUCUUCAAUUCGAAUCAGUAUGGUACUGCAAAUGGCUUUAUGGCACUGUACGAGAUAAGAAAGGGCUUCAAAGACCAAGUACCGGAGAAGGAAGGUGCUGAUAAGGACCAUUGUGGCGGUCUGAUACUGGCUGAUGCUGAACGAACUAGUGGCUGGUUCACUUCGCCUGGGUUUGGUGCCAAAUAUACCAAGGACCUGAUUUGCGAUUGGGAGAUCAAGGUUCGGCCGAGUCAUCAGGUAAAACACUAUAAUACUUGUUUUUAAUGCUAUACCAUAGUAAAACUUGGCGGUGUGUUGCAGGUAUUAUUAUCUAUGUUAAGGUACUGCUCCAACUGACCCAAAUGGACGUCGAAGGGGAGAUGACAGAUACGAAGGUAUCUUGUAAGAACGCGGUAAUCAAAGUGCAUCAAGAUUACUCUAACAGAACGGCUGAUCUACCGAUUUGUGGUACGAAUCCAGCUGUUAUUUCACCGAUUGUAUCUAUUGGAAAUAGCAUCAGGAUUAGGUACUGUAUUUUCAAUGGUAUUGUUAAUAUAUAGAAAUACUUUUAGAUGAAAAGCAAGGUCGUUGAGGGUAGGGUAAGGUAGUGAAAGCUAGGGUAUGUUAAGACAGGGUAGAAUAGAGUAUGUUAUGGUAAGGUUUUGAUGCUAAGAUAGGGUAAGAUACCGUAGCUUGUAGUGAGGUAGUGUACCAUACAAGACCUUUUUAAAUAUGAAGGGAGAGGUAACGUUUAUUUUCAAAACUUAUAAAAUACGAUUUUCUCAAGAUUUCAAAUUUUUAGUUUCUUGACGUCGCCGGACAAAGUGAAUGGUCUAAAUGGCUUUAACUUCACUUGGACUGAGAUACGAAUGAUCAAACGUACGUUAGAUAUAUCUUUGCUAAAGAGUGGCAUUUUAUAUUGACUGUGAAGAAAGUUUUUUUUAAAGCCAGGUAUACCUAGGUCUGACCUGCAUAGUAUACCUAGUUAUAGCUGGUACGGUAUACCUACAUAGUUCUGACUGCUCGGGUAUACCUAGGUCUAGAUGAUAUUUAUAAAAAAAUUGUUAAUUUGUUCAAAUGAUUCUGUGCCCUCUCUGAAAGCAAUUUUUCGCGGCUAGAGGGUACGGAAUUAUUUGAACUAUCCAGUAAAAGAACGUUGUUUAGAAGACAGUGAAUGUGCUGACGAUGGCCUUUACCUGUGCAGUUAUACACGCUACUGUAUUGAUGCUAGGCUACGAUGUAAUGGAGAUGACAAUUGUGGCCAUAAUGACGACACGGAUGAGGCCCAUUGUAAGUUUAUAUGCUAAGACAACUGUAUUUUACAUUAAUUUAAUAUUUUUAAAUUUUUUCGCUUAUUUUUACGUUACAGUAAUCUUUUUAGUUUAAAAAUAAAAAUAUGAAUCAUACUGUAGUUUAUCCUACAUACAGUAAUAUAACACUAGAUAUAAUACCUUGCCUUACUAUAAUAUAACGUUUGCCACCUACCCUACCGUGCUUUUACAAUAUUUUGUUACCGUAUUUUGUUUUUUUUUCUGGCUACAACCCUAUUCAUGGUCGGUAUGCUGACAGUGCCAACCGUAUCAACAGUAUCGUGCUAUUAACCCUAACCACGCUACAGUAUCUGCUGCUGUGAUUGUCAUACGGUAAUUCUACUAAUUUUGGUUUGCUUUUGAAUACAGUAAUCUUGGGUUGAUUUUUGGUGCUAUAACUUGUUUUUUGGUACUAUUUUUGGGUUUUUGGUACUAUUUUUAGUAUUAUGGCACAACUUUUGGUACUAUGACAUGAGUUUAGGUACCGUAAUAUUAAGUUUUUUACUGCUAGGCUAUUUUUGAUAUCAUAUUAGGUUGUUCAAUUAAUUCUGCACCCUCUUUCAAUGCAAGUGUGCAGAGUUAGGGAGCUCAGAAUUAUUUGAACAACCUAAUGACAUUAGUUUAGUUACUGUAAAUUGCCAGUUUUGUGUACUUAAACUUGUAUUACAGUACCUAAUACAGUACCAAAAGGCACAAAACUAACAAUUUUAAAAAUAAUACAGUAAUCCCUAUGUUUAGGUAACAUUUUGGAGAAAGCGGCCGACUCCCAAACCCUUUUGUUUGCUGCCAUUCUCUCUGGAUUCAUCUUCUUGUUCAUCUUUGGCUUCUUCUGUUUGUUAUUCAAAAAGAAGUUGGAGAAGAAGAGUGACCGUAACAAGGAUACGGUAGACGAGAAGGACAAUGAGCGUCUCAAGAAAGAAUCCCAGAUUCAGGCGAUCAUGGUACGACAACGACAGCGACAUCCGUUCAGACAACAACAACCCAAAAUGUCGAGGGUUGGCAGCGACAACGGGUGGGUUACUGUAACUUUGUAAUAGACAUUAGGGUUAUUGUAAGGGUUACUGUAACUUUAUACUAGGUAUCAGUGGUACUGUAACUUUAUAAUAGACAUUAUAGUUACUGCAGCUUUAUAUAAUACUAGGUACCAGUUUAUACUAAGUCUUCGGGUUACUGUAACUUUAUACUAGUCAUUAGGGUUCGGUAACUUUAGACUCGACAUUAGGGUUACUGUUACUUUAAACUAGACAUUAUGUUUAAUUACGUUUAUGUCGUUAGUGAAGAUUACUGUGGAUGAGGGUUACUGUAGUUGAAGGUAACUAUAAUUUUAAAACAAGGUCCGCGAUAGAAUCGAACAUGGGUCAAACAGGGGCGGACCAUGAAAAAAAAUUAAUUUUUUAAAAAUCUUAUUUUGCGACCACAGGUAGUCCUAAGAACUAGUAAUUCAAAAAUGCAAAAAAAAUUUUUAAUUUUGGGUUACUGUAGGUUUACUGUAGUUUUUAAAAAUUUUAUGCAACUUUUUAACUAAUUGACAGAAUCUCACCGGACUUUUUUUAAAUGAUAGAACACGUCAAACUAUGUAAUAUGGCUGUCGACAAGUUUUUCCGUUUAUGCCCGGAAGGCAUCGAAAAAUUUAAAUAUUUGCAAAAUUUUGAUAAAAAUUUUAAAAAAUCGAAUUUUUUUCAAAAAAAAUUCGUUGUGUGACCGACUUCUGGCACUAGAUAAUGAAACUAGGGGUUCUUGCGCUUCAAAUGGUUUUACUCUCCAAGUGUAACAAUGGGGCCAAAGUACUGUAACAAGCUUCCAAAUACGACAAACUGUAGUCACUAAAAAAUUUAUGUUUUUAUAACUUUACAGAACACCUCAGGAUAUAGCUAAAGUUUAUUAAAAUUACUUUUCGUUAUCAAUAAAGACAGUACAAAGGCCAUUUUAUCCUACUUUGUAAAGUUUUUUAUCAUACUGUACAAUGGGUGGGCCACGACAAUUAUGAGUAUAACUUUCUUGAAACUAAACCAGUAAGGCUCAAAUUUUUUGUAAUUUUACAAUAUUCUUUUUGACAACAAAAUUGCAAAAAAAAUUAUUUCCUUUUUGAUUUAAAAAAGUUACAGUAAUCCUACAGUACCCGAUUUUGGGCAUUUAAAAAUGUUCAAAAACCAAAAAGGAACGAUUCUGCUUGAAAAAUAUUUAAAAAUCGGUAACUCUUUUACCAUAGGAGAUACAAUAUUAAAACUUUCAGAAGUUGUACAACUUUUUAUGCUCUAUAAAACGUAAAUCUUCGAUUUUUUAAAAAAGUUUAUGUACAUAUUUCGGAAAUACAGGGUACUGUAGAUUUACUGUAACUUUUUUAAACUAAGAAGAAAAAAAUUUUUUUUCGCAAAUUUGUUGUCAAAACGAAUAUUGUAAAAUCACAAGAAAUUUAAGCUUUACUGGUUUAGUUUCAAGAAAGUUAUACUCAUAAUUGUCGUGGCCCACCCAUUGUACAGUAUGAUAAAAAACUUUACAAAGUAGGAUAAAAUGGCCUUUGUACUGUCUUUAUUGAUAACGAAAAGUAAUUUUAAUAAACUUUAGCUAUAUCCUGAGGUGUUCUGUAAAGUUAUAAAAACAUAAAUUUUUUAGUGACUACAGUUUGUCGUAUUUGGAAGCUUGUUACAGUACUUUGGCCCCAUUGUUACACUUGGAGAGUAAAACCAUUUGA